UGCUGCUAUUCUGCUGUUCCUGCUUAAAGUACAGAUUCACUAAACUUGAUUUUGCAACAGUCGGAAAAGUUUGCUUUCAUUUUAGUCGCGUACUUUGUAACGUAGUUGAUUAUGUCAAUGCCAACCCUAGCGCGCGUGCGAUGUGUAAACCACACAUGUUUUGGGUAUAGCCACAAGUAAAUGGGUACUGAUGUAAUUUUGUCGCUCUUGAAUUGAUGAAAUAAAGCGCAGUUCUUAGACGUCUUAGCCCAGUCAAUAUAUUUACAUACCGUAUGACGUCUUAUCGACUAUAAUUCAAAUAAAAGUAAUUAUGAAGGAUACUUCAAUAACCAAGCUUAAGCCGGAUGUGUUAUGGGGGAGGUUAAGAAAGUAUCUUCAUUUUUCAUUAUUAAGACAAUGUGGUAUCUGCAGCUGACCUUAACAAGUGACAGAACUUAAAGCGCAACCGUUUUCUUCCAAAAGCUUUGUGCUAAGAUAUGUGGCAAAUGCUUUUCUUUCUGUAUUUAGUCACAUUUUAUUUUUAAUUACUUCUUAAACGUAACAGUUAGGAAAACAUAAUGCAGUCGAAAUAUCAUUCUAAAGUAAAUCGUAGGCACAUCGAUAAUGAACUUUCCAGAACAAACAUGCAUUUGCAGCUUCACUGUAAGUGAAAAAUAAUUGACAGACGGCGGCAUUACAAAGCGGAAGUGUCAAAAAGCUCGGGUUAUUAUCAAAGGUUAGUACACAGUCCAUUAACAACCCGUUAUUUAGCUACAGAACGAGGUUUUUCUCACUUUUAAGCUUCGUUUUCACAACAAAAUUGAAUUCUUUCAUCGUUGCUAGACCAAUGGCCAACAUUACUGGAGAUACAAACUUCACAAGCAAACUGAACCAAGCACUGAGCUCAGCACCAACUGGCAUGCGUGAAUUGUUCUCAGCUUUGAACAUUUUUCUAUCCAUCACCGCAUCUCUGGGCAAUGUUGCGAUCCUUAUUGCUCUUCAUAAAGUCACUUCUAUUCAUCUUCCGACGAAACUUUUCUUUCGAUGUCUGGCGGUCACUGAUCUUUGUGUUGGUCUCAUUGUGCAACCACUCUCUCUAACCCUAAUUAUGUCUCCUUUGAUAAGGAUGAACGUUCAAGGUUUUUUCUACAUUCGCCGAGUACGUAACUUUUUAGGCUGGAUUUUGUGUGGAGUAUCUAUCUUGACAUCAGCCGCUAUUAGUGUGGACAGACUUCUCGCCCUGUUGUUGGGACUGAGAUACAGACACGUCGUAACAUUAAGGCGAGUACGUGUUACUAUAAUUUGUUUUUGGUUAAUUGGCGCUUUAGCUGGAUGGACUCGGGUGCAAAGAGCUUACAAGGGAACCUUUGCUAUUUUGACACUUUCUCUAGUUGCCACGAUUUUCUGUUACACGACGAUCCACCUCAAACUACGACAUCAACAAGCUCAGCUACAUAACAAUGUCCCUCAAGGCCCGAUCGCAAUCGGAGGAGGGACUCCACUGAAUAUAGCAAGAUACAAAAGGUCACUUUCUAGCAUAUUGUCGGUGCAGCUGGCUUUAGUUGUCUGCUAUGCUCCGUUUGGCAUUGCGCUCAUGCUAUCUGCAAAUAGAAUAAACUUCGUAGCUUGGAGAGCAACGGAGACUCUAGUCUACCUAAACUCGUCUCUAAACCCAGUCCUGUAUUGCUGGAAGAUCCGAGAAGUAAAACAAGCAGCAGGAGACACUAUUAGACAGCUUUCCUGUUUUUAACAGCUAAAUUUACAUUUAUUCCUAGUAACACCAAAAAUUACCUUUUUCAAAUUCUUUGUGGUUAGUUUGGUAAAUUAAAUACUAUAUUUAUUGUGUCGAUAUUUCGUAGCAUAGUUAAUUAGCAUUCGGUGCGUGUGAAUACUCUGCCUGAUAUGUACCCGAUUGUACAUAUUUAGUUAUAAGUUGUCUGUAAUUUAUGCGUGUGUCAGUUGCAUCCGAUCUUGGCUGCUAUCAAGAUGUCUUCGAGGAGUUCAAAGUUAUUUAACGUUACAUUUAUAAUGCUAGUUUUUUAAAAAAAAUAUGACUUGUCCGUUUGAACUCAUAUUUCAUUAACUUUUAAAAGCUAUGCUAGGUCCUCGGUUAAAAGAGCAGAAGUCAGAAGUGCUGGACAACAGGAAAAACAGAGAACUACAGGCAAACGUGUUUUUUUCUUAUGUCUGGAGUUCGACCGUGAUGGACAGACUAUGUCAAAAUAAAAUUUGACCACUGUUACUUUUUAGUUCCUGGAGAACGGCUUGCCUGAAGAAUAGGAUCGUUAAGUUGUCCGCGGGCUUUUACACUCUCUCUUUACUGCCUUAACUUGCGGGAGCAAUCCGUAAUCUAGGAUAAAGAAAGCAACCCAUGUGCUAUCUAACAUUAGCAUGAAGUUUGAAAAGGAAUAUUUGGAGACAACGGAAGUAAAAUGAGCUGGAAGAGAAACGAUUUAGAGUUUUAUAGAUAAACUUCUGUGGGAUAAUCGACUUUGUCUCUGUGGGAAAGGGAAUUUUGAUUGUAAGAUCGCGAAAAAAGGAAAAAAACCUCUCAAAAAUGACAAAAAGGUCUAUACAAUACAAACAGAAAAGACCAAGGGUCUGUAUUUUCCUGGUAAGAUCCCGAGUAAGCUUGGUUAAAAAGAGAUUUAGCGGUGACAUGACCGAAAA